AUGCACGGAAGGAAGAAGGUUCCUCUUGAUGAAGCAAAGAAGCUUGAGCAAAAGAAGGCCAUUGCUUAUAUUCGUGAGGAGUAUGAAAAGGUCAUGGACGCACAAGCUCAUCCAGAAAAAAUCAACGAAGUGGUAGAAUCAAAAACACCUAUUUUAACGCGCUUAGAUGAUUUCGCCACUUGCUGGAAUAUGAGAAAGAAAUACUUCAAAGAACAUGCAACAAAAGAACAGUUAGAUAUUGAGCUCGAAAUUUCUGAAAAUGUUAUCAGAUCAAAUCCAAAAUCAUAUUGGGCCUUCCAUCAUAGACGCUGGUGCUUUGAAUACAUGAAUAUUACCGAACUCGAUCACGAAAUUCAACUCUGCACCCUUCUUCUUAAUGCUGAUUUCAGAAACUUCCAUGCAUGGCGUCAUAGACGUUGGGCUGUCAAGAGAAUGGGCAACAAGUACGAGGAGGAGUUGCAGAACUCAUACGACUUCAUCCAAAAGGAUUUCAGCAAUUAUAGUGCUUGGCAUUACCGUUCUCAGCUUCCUAACCUUACUGAUUUCAAAGCAGAGCUCGAUAUUGUUCAGACAUGCAUUUACAUGGAUGCCAAUGACCAGAGCGCCUGGAUUUACCUCCGUUGGCUACUUAAUCACGAAGAAAUUUACAACGAUGCAGAAACUCUUGAACAGCUCGAAUCUAGCAUCGAGGAGCUCCAGGAGAUGGAACCAAAUGCAAAAUACGUUUUAUUGGCUCAAAUUUGGGUUCUCCAGAAAAUGAAAGAAGUUGAUCAAGAAAAGAUCGCUAAAAUUACAGACAAGCUUGUUCAGCUUGAUCCAAUUAGAGCUCCAUAUUAUCGUGAAAUUACACAUACAAACUAA